GGUCGUAUUAUUGGUGGACAAGAAGUAAAGGAGUGUCAGUAUCCAUGGCAGGUGUAUAUCAGGACUCCAAAGGGGAACUGUGGAGGAACAUUAGUUGAUAACAAACAUGUCAUCACCGCAGCCCAUUGCAUUUAUUAUUAUGAUCUUUCCUCGUUUUACAGAAUUCUAUUGUUACACAGUGAAAUCUUCCUAGAAAAUAGAUUUAUCAUUAUGAUCUUUCCUCGUUUUACAGAAUUCUAUUGGAAUGAUAUUGCUGUUAUAACACUAGCAGAGGAGCUGGAGUUUAGUGUUUGUGUUCAACCAGCUUGUCUACCGUCACCCAGUCUUAAUAUCUCCACUGGUGUACGUUGUCUAGCUUCCGGCUGGGGAGUAACUUCAGCUUUAAGCACACAACCUACAAUUCUACAAGAAGCCAUCAUACCGAUCCUCAGACAAGCAUCAUGUAGCGCUUAUGGGAAUUUAAUGGAUGGAAACAAAAUAUGUGCUGGCUACCUGCAGGGAGGAAUCGACUCCUGUGAGGGUGAUUCUGGUGGACCAUUAAUGUGUGCUGAUGGUGAACUGUGGGUUUUAGCUGGAGUCAUAUCGUUUGGUAAUGGAUGUGCUCGGCCAGGUUACCCAGGCGUUUAUACCAACGUUCUCAAUUCAUUGAGCUGGUUACAGACUGUUCUU